AUGACAAAAAUGGAGGGAGUUAAGGAGGAGGAGGCGGCGGGUCUGAGGCAGGAGAUCGACCGGCAGAGGAUCCAGCUGGAGGCUAUCCUGCAGCCUCGAGUGUCUCUGUGUCGGAUAGAUGAACCUGUGUGUAAAGAGGAGGCGCUUUGGGGAGAUGAAGUAUCAGAGGAGGAGGAGGAGGAGCAGCAGACACAUGGGGAGGACUUAAAGACCUAUGAUAACUUGGCCCACACUGAGGAAGACGAGGGUGAAUAUGUGGGGGAGGAGGAGCUUCCCGAGGAGGCGUUUGGUCCCCUGUGUCACAAAGACGAGAUGGACCAGGAUCAUCAGAACUCCAGUAAAAGAAGUCGGACUUUGGAGAAGAGGAGUGGGAAAGGGGCUAAUCUAAACCUCAGAGUGCGUCUGUUACAGGACGCCAAGGUCAAGAAACCCAAACGGGCGGGGCGUUCGGGGAGAUCCUGUGCAGUGAUUGGCUGCUCCAACAACAGCGGCAAACUCCAAGUCUGGAACAAAAGCGAGUGCUCAGAACACAAACCUUUACUGCACGACGAGUGUCUGUGCCUGAGACCGUACGGUUUGCACAGAUUCCCCGGGCGUUCAGAGGAGGCGGCUGUUCACCAGCAGUGGAUCAAGAACAUCAACAGGAAGGACUUUGUUCCCAGUAGACACAGCACGGUGUGUGGAAUUCACUUCAAGGACGGCCAACCAAGGAAAGCACACCCGUACCCGAUCCUGCACAUGGGAUAUGAACAUCCUGGGUUUUCAUCUGGUAGACCACCUCCCAAGAAAAGACGCCUUAAACCCUCGAUAGUGACCACACGUGCUGAACAGGAAGUCACGGAAUCUGAAAUAGCGGUGAAAACGGAGGAUUUGGAAAAUCAGCCUCAGCAGAAGUGUGAAGUUGGCGUCCAGUUGCCGGACGUUAAAGACCACACCUACUGUUCUAACUUAUCAACGACAGACAGAGCAACAUAAACUGAUCCUGGCCUGUCGAUGUCAGCCUCUGACUCUGACGGUAAAGACUUGCUGGUUUUCGUGCAGCCUAUAGGCUUUUCUCCCUCAGCCAAGGAUCACCACGUUGGCAGUCCAUGAUGAACUGUUCUUUGUCCUAAUGAGGCAUCGUCCUGGUUGAUGUUUACAGACUUUGCUAAACAGUUUGGAAUAAGCGGAAGCAAAGCCUAUGAGAUCUUCACUCUCUGGAGACCAGUAUUUGUGAAGUUUCUGAGGGUGAAUGUGAGGCGAGGGAGUGCAGCGCUGUGUGUGUGUUUGACUGUGUGUUUAGGUGGAGCUGACGAAACGCAAUGUGAUUUCACUGACUUGGACACAAGUAUCACGGCGUCUUUGAAUCAAUAUGAAUGUACAAAGACGUGAUGACGGCAGAGCUAAUUCACGUCUGAAAAGAGGCGACUGUUACAGAUUUUUGAUGUAAAUCUAUCUCUACAGCUCGAACAUAAACAUGGCAAGUUUUCCAAGGGCGCAAACCACAUAGUCAGCUCUGCUGCUUAUCUCACAAAUACAUGUUCCUUACAAAUGUGGCACCAUUUAAAAAGGGAAAUAAACCGACUUUCCAACGGUUUAAGAUUUAUUGUCAAGAAUUGUUACAACAAAGAAAUAAUCUACCAAACACAAAUUUCCCGACUUUUUGU